AUGCGUCCCGGUCGCUUCGAUCGACACAUCGCCGUCUCGAACCCCGACGUUUCGGGUCGACGACAGAUUUUCAAGGUCCACCUCAAGAAUCUCGUGCUCGAGACGCCUGCAGAGGGCAAGGAGGCGCAGGACACUUCGCCACUCGAGGAGGGUCACGUUGAGCACUCGUCGGGCAACUCCCCCAGCCCGAUCUUGACCGCUUUGGGCUCCAACAUCCAGUGGUCGCACUCGACCUCGAUCGACCUCGCUUCAGCCGCCCCGACGCUUUCUGGUACACCGUCUCGAUCGCCCAAAAAAUCUUCCACCUCGGCGACCAAGAAGGCCUCCCCCGCUAGCAGCGCGGCCUCGAACCCGAACGCGAAGCCGACGAAGGAGGGCUCUAACUUCCAGUCGAUGUACACCUUCAAGGACGACGCCGAUGACAACACGGCCCAAUCACGACUCGCUCGCAAGCUCGCCGCUCUCACCCCUGGCUUCUCGGGUGCCGACAUCGCCAAUGUGUGCAACGAAGCCGCGCUCGUCGCGGCCCGACUCGGCGCCGACUUUGUGACCGAGCAGCACUUUGAGAUGGCGAUCGAGCGAGUCAUUGCCGGCAUGGAACGCAAGUCGAGGGUGCUCAGUCCGGAGGAGAAGGAGACGGUCGCUUACCACGAGGCUGGUCACGCCGUUUGCGGAUGGUUUUUGGAGUACGCCGAUCCGUUGCUUAAGGUCAGUUCAAACACCGAGCGAGGUCAUUGAAAGUAUCUCGAUUUCAGUGGCUGACCUCCCGCCCUUCUCCUUGGCAGGUCUCCAUCGUUCCCCGAGGUGUUGGCGCUCUUGGUUACGCCCAGUACUUGCCCAAGGAGCGAUACCUCUACACGACAGAGCAAUUGAUGGACCGCAUGUGUAUGACUUUGGGAGGUCGGGUGUCCGAGGAGAUCUUCUUUGGUCGCAUCACCACGGGCGCGCAAGACGAUCUGCAAAAGAUCACGCGCAUGGCCUUCGAGGUGUGCGCCAACUACGGCAUGAACUCGGCUGUCGGCCCCUUGUCGUACCGCCAGGACAACGACUCGUUCCAGAAGCCCUUCUCGGAAAAGACGGCGCAGCUGCUCGAUGACGAGGUGCGCAAGAUGGUCAACGACGCGCACAAGCGCACAACGGACCUCUUGACGGAGAAGAGGGAGCAGGUCGAGCAGGUUGCUCAGCUGUUGUUGCGAAAGGAGGUGCUGUCGAGGUGAGUCAUUUGUCGAUUAGUCUCGUUUGAACGUAUUUUUUUGCUGACCAAAGCCUCUGCGAAUGAACAACGUGCAGGGAUGACAUGAUCAAUCUGCUCGGCAGGCGGCCGUUCGAGAAGGCCGAUCCUUACGACGAGGCCAUGGGCGGUGUACCACCAUCAGGUGGAGCUCUCGCCGACAAGCCAUCCGGUGACGGGCCAUUGGGAGGCGGUAUCGAAGGCGGGCACGGUGUUCCCGUUCCUGAACCCAAGGGUAUCGAGGCUGGGUCCGAGAAGCUGCUCUGA